AUGUCUAAAGGUACCAAGGAUACCGUCAACAACACAAAUAACUGCCGAGUUAUCGUGAGGAGAUGCGCAAACUUAGCUGCCUCGUCAUUAUUUCACACUGAAGAGCAGGCAGCCCGAGCUGCAGAUGUUACCAAGUGUUUAAAUUCACUUCUUGUCUUUCAAGUUUCUUGCCACUUGUCUACACAUUCACACGACAGACAGGAUACAAGAACUCGCAGAACCCAAGAAAGUGCCUUGUGCAAACAGUCCCAGCAACCCACCUGCACAGCAUUAGGAAAUUCAGUGCUGAAGAAGGCUUGUGUGGGGAAACCAAGAAACAAUCCGGACCCUCUCAAGGGAAGCUGCAACAGCUCGGCCAUCCCCAAGAACAGUGGCACUAGCCAAACCCAAGCAAGACUUUGGCAAGCACCAUGGCAGGUUUCCAAGUUUGCUCUGCAGGCCAUUGCAAGCCCUCGGACCCUAGAGCUGGCUCGGGCAAAAAGACUGAACCCUGACUAUGUGCCCCCGCGGGAUGCUCAGUGGCCAGUGACAAAGGCCGCGAAACAGGCAGUGGCCACACCGAGGCUUGUGGAACUGGCCCAGCCUCGUAAAAGGUAGGCACUGCUCCCCUGCCAUGGGGAAUGCUCAGUUGUCAGCCCCUUUAGUGCAGGCUGUGGCACCUUGUUGAGUUGGGUUUGACACACGUAAUUAAGCCCUGUUUGUCAGCUUCCAAAAGACAUGGAUUUUACAUGGUUGGAUGUGUCAGUGCUACAGGAAUUCUAGUUUCAAAAGCAUCUUUGAGGUUGAAGGAGAACUAAAAAAAGAAGGAAUAAGAACUUUUUAAUACUAGUAGGAAUUACUGAUUGUAACAUCUCAAUUAUUAAUUGCAAUUAAAAAAAAAAAAAAAUCAACCAGCUGACACAGGGUAAAGUGCAGCACAUUCCUUUUGCCCAGCAUGGUGUAGCUGGCCUCAGCCCAGGCC